AUGAAGUUUGUCGCUCUGCUUUCUGGAGGUAAAGAUAGCUGUUUCAACAUCAGCCAUUGUCAAAAACACGGUCACGAACUCGUGGCAGCGGCCUCACUCCGGCCCAAAGAGGGCAUUGAUGAACUCGAUUCAUAUCUGUAUCAGACCGUAGGACAAGAUGCUAUUGAAUAUGUCGCACAGGCGUUGGAUGUUCCUCUGUAUCGCACCGUAAUCCAAGGGACAGCCGUUGAGCUCCAGAACGAAUAUGGUACUCGGCUUGGAGUCGAAAGAUCGACGAACCAGGGUGUAGAUGAGGACGAGACAGAGGACAUGUUUCGUCUUUUGCAAGACGUUCUCAGACAUCACCCAGACAUCCAGGCCGUCUCAGUCGGUGCAAUACUGUCGACAUAUCAAAGACUUCGCGUCGAGCAUGUUUGUCGAAGGCUAGGACUCACUUCACUCUCAUAUCUAUGGCAAAGAGACCAGGAGGAGCUUCUGCAAGAGAUGAUAGAUGCGGGGGUUCAUGCUGUCCUAAUCAAAGUGGCUGGCAUAGGUCUGAAACCUUUGCACCUCGGUCAGUCGUUGGCUGAAAUGCAACCAUUGCUCCAAAGUUUGAACCUUCGAUUUGGCUCCCACGUUUGCGGCGAAGGUGGAGAGUACGAGUCACUUACCUUGGACUGCCCCGCCUUCAAGCGCAAGAUUAUUCUGACUGAGACUGAGACCGUCAUUCAAAACGACCAUGACUUUGCAACGGUGGCAUACCUCAGGAUCAAGUCGGCACAUCUGGAAGAUAAAGCAUCUAUUAUCACCGAUAUAAUUCCGCCAAUUCUAUUCGACGAGGAGGUAACCAACGUACAGGCAGCUGCCCAAUCGACGCCUGCAGAUGAAGCAGUAGCAACCAAGGAGUGCUCGAUGGGCAAUGUUGUUCGCGCUCCCACUAUCCAAGCCAAAUAUAAAUGGGUCGCAGUUUCAUCGGUAUCAGGAGCCGAGGAACACAGCAACGGUAUUGCUGCUGAAACACGCCGAUGUUUCGAAAACCUGAAAAAGCUGCUUGCGAAAGAAGACCUGGACAUCACUGCCGUGGCACACAUUACUGCUCUGCUAGGAAACAUGGACGACUUCGCUGCUUUCAACCAAGUAUACUCUACCAUGUUUGGCACGAGUCCACCAGCACGUGCUUGCGUAGCGGUAGAUCUACCUCGAUCCCAUAGCGUUUUACUGGAAUGCCUCGCAUACAGGAACCACGCGCCUCUAGAGCGACUGGCUCUUCACGUACAAGGUAUCAGCUACUGGGCACCUGCCAAUAUAGGACCUUAUUCACAAGCCAUAUCGGUUGGCGGCGUCACGUUUGUGUCAGGUCAAAUUGGUUUGAUCCCUUCGAGCAUGAUCUUGCCAUCCCCAUACGAGUUUGCGACCGAAAUAUCCUUAUCACUGAAGCAUAUUCGCUCAAUCAUUAAGGCUCUCCAAACGUCGUCUUUGGAGUUACAGCCGUACGGUUACAUCGUUUGGCUACAGGAUUCUCAACACCUGUCCUCAACUGUUCGCGCGAUGAAUGUCUGGAUUGAAAUUUCUCGAAGUAGCUCAGCUCCGUCUCGUGUGCCCGUACUAGUCAUCAUCCCUUCAUCCUUGCCAAAGGGAGCUGCAGUUGAAGCGCAGACUGUACUGCAUCGCCAAGAUAGCAACUCUGAAGAGACAGAGAAGCUUGAUUAUGUAUGCCAAUCCACCACUUUGCAUCGACUGGAAUCCACCAAGGUAGAAGACGUCGAUAGGUUCACCGUUGUUUGGACAAAUCUCACCGACAUUGAGAGUGCCAUAGGAAGAUGCAAAGAUGCGCUAUCACAAGCGCUUUGCCUCAAAUUAUACACCUCCGGUAAUAUUGGAGCGAAUGUUCUGGACAAGCUGAAUGAUCUCUCAGCCCUAACGGUGGUUCCAGUCCGUGGAGUCUUCAGUCUAACCGAUAGCUCUUACAAGACAUGGGAGGUCGCUAUUGUUGCCAUGUGCUUUGAUAAGUCAAGAGGGUAA